AUGUAUAAAGUUGCUCUAUUAUUAGCUAUCUCCUUCUGUUUGGCGCUUGCCAAACAUGAACAGUACAACGGAUUCGUCUUGUACGAAGUUAAAGUUGCUAAUGAUCAACAAGCGAGGCAAGUUCAUGCAUUGGGAAACGAACUUGAACUGGAUGUUUGGUCGGAUGCGACUCCUACACGUCCAGGUCUGAUCCUUGUACCGGGACCAAUGCGUCAACUCUUCGAAAGGGAGAUCACUGCUACAGGAGCACAAUAUGAAAUUCAAGUACAAAACAUUAAAGAGAUGCUGGAUAUGGAAGAUCAAUUGUUGGCCGCAGCUGAGCUUCGCAGCAACAGAAGCGACGGUCGUCUCUCGUUCGAUACUAUUCACCGAUACCAAGCUGUUGAUGACUAUCUCGUUGAAUUAGGCGAAAAAUACCCGACAGUUACUGUUGUUUCGGCGGGGAAAAGUUUUGAAGGCCGUGACAUUAAAUACCUGAAGGUUUCAACAACUAACUUCCAGGAUUCUUCAAAGCCUGUUAUCAUGAUUCAGUCCUUGCUUCACUCACGUGAAUGGAUAACUCUGCCUGCUACUCUUUACGCUAUCGAGAAAUUAGUUGUCGACAUCACCGACACAGAUCUCGUUGACAAAAUCGACUGGAUUAUCUUGCCUAUCGCUAAUCCCGACGGAUAUGAAUUCUCUCAUACCAACACACGUUUCUGGAGGAAAAAUCGUUCUACUGGUCAUAUGGUUGGCAAUUUAUGCCUUGGUGUAGAUCUUAAUCGUAACUUUGAUAUCAAUUGGGGUACAUUGUCCAGCAACUCUGUCUGCUCUGAGACUUUCCACGGCCAGGGGCCUUUCUCUGAACCUGAGACUGCUAUUAUACGGGAUAUCGUACAGGAGCAUUUCAACCGACUUGAACUAUAUAUUGAUAUCCACAGCUUUGGUAGCAUGAUCCUUUAUGCAUACGGAAAUCGUGAACUUCCACCCAAUGCCCUCACUCUUCAAGUAGUCGGUGUUAGAAUGGCGCAAGCGAUCGACGCUGUAAAAUGGCCUACAAAUCCUAACUACCUUGUCGGAAACUCGGCUUUGAUUAUAAAUUACAUGGAUUCUGGAUCUUCCAAUGACUACGUUCAAGCUAUCGGUAUUCCUCUUUCAUACUGUUAUGAACUACCAGCCUACAGAAAUAUAAACAACAGUGUAUACGGUUUCCUUGUGGACCCUGAUUUUAUCGAACAGGCUGGCUAUGAAACUUGGCAAGGAAUUAAGGAAGGAGCGAGGUUCGUGUUGGAAUAUUAUGGAAGAAACAAAUAA